UUCUAAACUUUCAGUUUUUCGGACUUUUAAAGUUUUGCAGUUUUUUGUUUUGAAUUUCAACAUUGUAGAUUUUUAUUUUUGGCUGUUUUUUAUUAAUCGUAAGCAGUUUAAUAAAUCCAAAUUAAUUUAGAAUGGCCUUUCUCAAGGUAUCGUUAACAGGGAAUCAAUUGCUUCACACGAGACCAAGUUUCUUUUCUAUAUUGAGCAAGAGUUAUGGUACUUUCCGGCAAGCGUUGCCCAAUUUCCCAUUUCCCAGCGCUGUGAAUAUCAAUCGACAUCAGGCGGUCAAAUCGCGGCCAGUGCAAAAAUAUCGAUAUCUAACGUCAAAGCUGGAGACUCGCAAAUCCAAAAACUAUGUUGCCUUUAUCGACGACGAAUGUGAGAAGAAAAAGCUGGAUAAAAAGCAGAAUUCGAAGCUGCAUGCAGAGCAAUUGAAAAAGUUAAUGUUCAACGGCAGCGAAAAUGAUAUUACAAAACCGUUUGUUCAACCCAAAUUCUUACAAAAACAGGAGUUAAAGGAUCAGCUGCAGGCGAAAUUCCAGCUAAAGUUGCAACAGCAAGAACAACAACAAAAGAAGAAGCAAAGCUUGACGAAUGUAAAUCAAUUUUAUCAAGAUGAACGCAAGACAACAUCAAAUCCUUUAAAGCGGCUGAAAGCUUCCUUCGUUAAUGAUGCAUCGAUAGAGUUAUUACCAAUGUCAUUACCACAGCUUCAACCACCAAAGCAGCAGUCUCAACAACAACAGCAACAACCAAAACAACAGGAAAAACAUGCAACUGAGGCAAAUUAUUACGAGAGAGUGUUGAGAACACAAAUGGAGAAUAUGCAAAGGAUCAAGGAACGCGACAAGGAAAUCAAAAACCAUUUCGAGAAAUUCAAGGUGUACGAAAAAAUGAAUCAGCUGAUGAAACAGGCGCAUGAUGCCGAGGAUAAUGAUAAUGAUAACGCAUCGCAACCCAAAUCCUACAAGAUUUCUACAACGAUUGCAAGGGAACGACAGCAACAGCAUCACAUACGAAAUGUUACACGAAAUGCGGUGGAAUUGCAACUGCUGCGAUCAACACAUCUAAGGCAUACGCCCAUGUAUAAGCAAACCGUUACGUUUGCACCCUAUACUCCCGUCAAUGAUAGUUCCGAUAACGGCGACAUUAUCGCCAGGCAGCGAUCCAGCAAAUCCAAGCAACAAUCGAGUCCCCAAAGCGAGUAUCACGCAUUCAUGAAAUCAACUCGUGCCAUCGAAAUGCUACAAUGUGAUUCGGUCCUUUACAAGUUGUGCAAGAACUCUAUCAAGGACCGCAACUCUAAAUAUUGAACACAGUCUCACACGCUCGCAAAGGGAUCUUUAUAUUCACCUCAUGGACAAGUUUCUCUUAAUCUGUAGAUGCCAAUUGUGUGUGUGGUUUGUGGCAAUUUUGUUGUUAUCCAUUUUAUUGUGAAUUUCAUUGUAAAUUGUAUCAGUAAUAUUUCGAUUUUAUUUAAGAUUGGAAUCUUUAAGAAUAUGAAUUUAGGAUCAUAA